CGGUCCAUAUUCCAUUUAUCCAUUAGAUUUUUCACAUGAAGGGUAGUGCGUUUUUUUAUAUUCCGUCAAAUCCAAAUAAUAUUCUGUUGAUGAGUGCAGAUGACAGUGAGACGUCGUAAUUAAACUAUCGAUUUCAUUUCAAGUAGAAUUUUAGAAUUCCAAUAAUAAUGAUAAAAUUGGUCGACAAUUGAUUCGUGCUACUGUCAAUAUGACGUUUUGGUGUUUUAUCUCAACUACUGACAGUCUACUGUACCACUGAUAAACGGUAUCACUAAAUUUAAUAAAGCGAGAUACUGAGAUAAAUUACCUAAAAAUAUUUUGUAAAUUUAUAAUUAAUCAUCUUGGUUCUUAUGCGUGUGAAUUGCAAUUGUUAUUCAUUAAUAAUGUUUAAUUUGUAUUAAAACUAUGUGAAAUUGUUUUGAAUACUUUCAGUUAAGCUUGUGGCGCAAGUACAUACAUCUUUAAGAUUAUCGAGAGAGACUUGGAGAAUUGAAUUGUGAGUAUGGACAUAGAUCAGUUGGGCAAUGAUGCCAAAUUGGCAGCAACAAAAUAUUUUACAAAUACGCUUAAGAAUCCAGGACAAUUGGAGAAAGUUGAACAAUUAAAGAAUCGGAUAUCACGUAAAAAAACUUCUACUGAGGCAAUGUUAAAAACAGCUAUGCAAAGUCAAUUAGACGGUGUUACAAUCGGAAUGGAACAACUGAAAGACGCAUUGGAUGAUAUAAAUAAGGUAAAGAUAUACCUUAGUCAAACAAAACAUUCAUUUAUCAAUUUACCAUCUCUUGGCUACAAGUUGCAAGAUGUGCGCACCAAGCAAAUGCAACAUUCUCAGUACUUGACGGCCAAUGAAAAUAUGAAGCACCUAUUCACCGUACCUGAAAGCAUUGAAAAAACUAAACAGUGGAUCAACGAUGGAAAGUUUUUACAUGCUCAUCAAUGUUUAAUAGACCUUGAGAACUCUAGAGAUGAUCUUUUAUUUGAAGUGCAUAAACUGCCCAAUCAGGCACCCAGUGAUAAAAUACUACUCAAAGCAUAUUUCGAAGACGUUGAAGUUAUGUCCAAUAUGUUGAAAAAACAAAUUAAAUUAGUAUUGAGCAGAACUCUAAAUACUGUUAGGAAAGAACCUAUGGUGAUUGUUACUGUGCUGCGAAUAAUUGAACGAGAAGAGCGUGCUGAUGUAUUUGCAUUGCAGCGUCAUAAGCAAUCGGGAUUUAUGCCUCCCAGUCGCCCAAAAAAGUGGAAAGAAAUGGCAUUUGAUGUGCUUCAAAAGUCAGUUGACCAACGAAUAGAAGGUACUCAAGUGAAUGAACGAUCUGACAAUAAAAUGUGGCUUGUAACAUAUUUGGAACUUUGUCGACAAUUAAUUCUUGAAGACUUGCGAGUGGUUAAAACUCUUUGUGUGCCAUGCUUUCCUCCACUAUAUGAUAUUUUUGAUAAAUUUGUUUAUAUGUAUCAUUCCAGUCUUUCAGCAAAUUUAAACGACAUAAUAUCAGAUGGACUAGAAGGCAAUGAAUAUGUAACAAUCAUUUCAUGGGUGACUAACACAUACUCUGGUACAGAGUUAAUGUUACAUCCUGAAUUGAAUAUAGACAUUGGUAAAGUUGGUCCAUUAUUAAAAUCAUCAAUUGUUUUUGAUUUACAAUCAAAAUAUUUAGAAUACAUAAAAGCAAAUUACAAAGAAUGGAUGUUAAAAACAUUGGAUACUGAAAAAAAUGAUUGGUAUGCAGGUGCUUCACCUGAGGUUGGUCCAGAUGGAUGUUUUCAUACAGCUGCUCCAGUUAUUAUAUUUCAGAUGAUUGAUCAAAAUUUGCAAGUCACAAAAACUAUAAGCCAGCACUUAACGCACAAAGCAUUAUUAUUGAGUGUAGAUAGUGUCAGUCUAUACGGUCUGUCGUACAAAGAGGCUGUUAUUGAGUUUAAGAAAAAGCACUUUGAGGACAGAAGCAAAGUGCCAUUUUUUACACACUGCAUAAUUACUGUGCUCAACAAUUGCUUGCAAUUUAUUGAAUUAGCAUUAGAAAUGAAGCAACACUAUUGGAGUAGUGAUUUUAAGGAUCAGUCAAGUACUGCCUACGAAAAAUUAAUAAAGACCUUCCAAAAUCUCAGAGACGAAGCAGCACAGUUUCUUUUAGAAGAAGCUUUGAUUGAUCUUGACAUUCAUUUUCAAGAUUUGAUAACUACUAAAUGGCUUACCAGCUUUAUAUCUAUUGAAACUAUUUGUGUAACAUUAGAAGAUUAUUUUCAAGAUUAUACUCAUCUAAAGCCCAAGAAUUUAGAGUAUAUAAUAUUAGAAGCUGAGGAUAUAAUAGUGAGACGAUACAUAAUGGCUAUUCUGCAGAAGAAAUUAAAUUUCAAGACAUAUGAAGAACGUCGAUCAGCAGCGGAUAAAAUGACAAAUGAAGUGGACCAAUUGAAAUCAUUUUUUAUGCGUGUAGCACCUUUAGUAACACGUGAUAAAGAUUCUCCUUUUGAUGCUGUUGUCAAGUUAUCUGAAGUAUUAAAAAGUGAAGACUCUGAAAUACUAUCGUUGGACUUACACACACUUGUAAAGAUGUACCCAGAUAUAACCGAAGACCAAAUGACUAGAUUACUAAGCUUAAGAGGUGAUUUAAGUAGGUCAGAAAUACGUGAAAAAGUACAGUAUGCUAUUCAAGGCAAUAGGGAACUCGCUGGUACCACAUUAACUAAAAGCAUAUUCCAGCAAAUCCACUUAUAGCGUAAUAAUAAUCACCACAUUUGUACAGCUUAGAUAAUUAUAGCUAAAGAAUUGUAUAGAUACUACUAUUUAAACAUAUUGUGUACCUAUAUGUAUUUUAUUUGCAAUCAAUAUUCCGUUCCUUAUGUGAUACAAUAAUACUACCUUUAAUUAUUUAAAAUAACAUUUAUUUAUAUAUUCUUGUAUUUAAAGUAUAUUUUUUCAAUAUAUUAAAAUAUUUUAGAAUUUGUUUACUAUUUCUUCAACAUUGUUUAAUUUUAAUGUCAUAAGUGUUUACAUAAUAUUAUUGAGUCUGUUUGUUAUUUAAUAUUACAGAUCAUGUGGUCUGUGUGAGCUUCAAAAUUGGGUCAAAAUGUAUUUUUAUUAACUUAAAAAAAAUGAUAAAUUUAUGUUCAUCAGUUGUAUGAGGCAAAUACAAUUAACAUAACAAUAAUACUAUUUAAUACUACAUUAAUUAAGAAUUGGUUAGUUUUUAUAAGUAUAAUAACAUUAUCAAUCAGAUAUUUUUUUUUAUGGUUGCACAACAUAAAUUAUAAUUAAAAUGGGUACAAGUUCAAUACAGUGGAAGACCACUGCUAUAGAUUGGUAUUUAUGUUGUAUAAAUACAUAUUUAUAACAUAAGUGUAUACAAGUUAUGUAGGCUUAUGUUUAAUUUUCUUAUUACAAGUAUAAUAACAUUAUUCACAUGUUCUCAAGUUAAUGAAUUAUAGUGGCAUAUCCAAAAAAAAAAGUUGUUAAACAAUAAAAAAAGGUUUGUUAAUAAAUCAUUUUAAGUUAAAAUUUGUUAAAAUUCAUUUUCAACCCCCAUCACAAAAAAAAAAAUGUCUGCAUACGCCACUGUCUACUAAGUUAU